AUGCAGAGCAAGCAUGCGGCUGCUCACGCUGCGAGAAGGCUUUCCCAUCUACUGAAACUAAGUCCCUACACGGGUCCGAGGCGUCUCUUCCCACCUUUUGUCAAGUCGCGAUUUGCGAACACACGGCUUCCAACAGCCCUCUUCAACGGGCCCAACCUUUCUGUGCUGCCAGCAACUUCGGCCGACCGAAAAUUGCGCGCUCGAUUUCUCCUCCUCCAGACUUCGCAACCCACGACCUUCUCACAACCCACGGCUUCCUCGCAGUCCACCGCGGCACCUACGAAACCGGCAGCUCGAGCUCUAGGUCGAAGGAUGUUGAACUAUCUGCAGGUCGUCACCACGCCUACGGCCGAUACCUCUGGCACCGCUCUUCUCCUCCACUUUGACAACCAGCGAUACAUAUUUGGUCAGGUUGCGGAAGGGACACAGCGUGCGCUGGUACAGCGCAAGGUGGCACUGAACAAGGUCGAGGAUGUCUUCCUGACUGGCCUCGUCAACUGGCAAAACGCCGGUGGUCUCUUGGGCCUGAUUCUCACUCUUGCCGACAUGCUUGCAUCUUCGAAACAGAGCGCUCUGGAUGGCAAUUCGGAACGAAAGAAGAAAGGGAAGGCCGGGUUGCGCGAUGGCCCGUCGGCGAAGCUUAAUAUCCAUGGCAGCAAGAACCUCUCACAUCUCCUUGCUACCGCGCGGCGCUUCAUAUUCCGGAAGGGCCUCCCCCUGACACCCCACGAGAUCCGCCAAGACCCUCGUAUUGCCAACAACUUGACGGCAGAGCCCGACUGGAAAGAUGACAACAUCAACGUCUGGUAUAUGCCGGUCGAGUCCUCCCAGAGCCGCGCCGCUAGCCCUCGGAAGCGAAGUCACGAAGAGUUUACAGAGUCAGCCGGCGCAACCAAUUCGAGCACCUCUACAGAAGAAGAAGAUCAGAAGCUUGUCAAGACAGUAGUCACGCAGAUGUUUGACUCGGACUGGACUAUGGAUGCACUGGUGGAGACGACCUUGCAGCAGGCAAAACUACCCGCGAAGAUAUUUGUAAGAGAUGACCAUGGGCAUAUACAAGUCUACACAGGGCCGAUGCCAGGAGGCAACAAGAAUGUGCCUGACAUCCCCGUCCUGGUGCGCCAACCAUGGCCCGGCGCCAUGGUCACGUCGUUGCCACGGACCGCCCCCUCGCAGCAAUCGAUGUGCUAUAUAGUCAAAGGCCACGAGAGACGAGGGAAGUUCAAUGUCCAACAAGCGGAGAAGCUGGGCGUCGCCAAGCGUGAUUACAAGGUUCUUGCUGGAGGAAGCAAUGCCGUUGGUAAAGACGGCGCCGUUGUGACUCCCGAAAUGGUCUUGGGUGAGACUGUCGCCGGCAGUGGCUUCGCUGUUGUUGAUCUGCCGGACUGUUCAUAUGUCGAUCCACUUAUCAGUCGCACAGAAUGGUCGAAUAGCCAGAUAAUGAAAGGCAUCCACGUCAUCGUCUGGGUCUUAGGCCGCGAUGUUGCCAACGACAACCGCCUUCAAGACUUCAUGCAGAAAAUGCCCUCAGUACGACACAUUGUGUCAUCUGGGGACAGCUGUCCGAACAUGAUUGCGCUAGAAUCUGUCGCAGCCCAGGCUUACAAGCUGCGGUGCAUAGACCCUGAGCGGUUCCCCUUGCCUGUUCACAGCAAUGAGCUAUCGCUCUCGAAUGCUCCGUGCACUACUUCGUCGACAUACGAGACCAACCGGUCGGGCAAGACCGUCCAGUUCGCUCCGCAGUUCCUAUGUCAGGACGACAAGAUUGUGCCGUUUCCGGACAUCCCAAAGAUGGCGCGGAGCGAUCUGAGCAGGGAAGUGCUGCGGAUGGCCGAGGAAACUAGAACCAAAGUUUCGGACCCAGAGUUUCUUGCCAAGGUUGAGAAGGCAGAAUCGGAUAUCCCAAAUCGCGAUGCAGAGAUCAUCACCCUCGGCACUGGCUCUGCCCUUCCCUCAAAGUACCGCAACGUCUCCGCCACACUUGUUCGUGUCCCGGGAUACGGCAACUACCUUUUCGAUGCGGGUGAAAACACUUUGGGGCAGAUGCGUCGGGUCUUUGGCGACGAGCUACCUAAAGUUCUACAAGAUUUGAAAGCGAUCUGGAUCAGUCAUUUGCAUGCCGACCACCAUUUAGGCACUGCCUCGGUUAUCAAAGCAUGGCACGCAGAAACAAGAAACUCCUUGCCCUCUGCCAAAUUACACGUCGCCUCUCAUACUCACAUGAUAGAUUGGCUCGAGGAAUACUCCAGUGUUGAGGAUUAUGGCUACGACCGACUGGUCGCCACCAAGUUCAGCCACUACGAUGCCAGCACGCGCAUCAGCGAACCCCGAGUAUUCACGAGCAAGGAGACCGAGGCCUGGGGUUUAGCGAAGAUUGAGGUCUGCUGGGUAAACCACUGUUUCGGGGCGCUUGCGACGGCCUUUACGUUCCCAUCUGGGCUUAAGAUCGCGUACUCGGGAGAUUGCCGGCCGAGCGACGCUUUUGUUCAGAUUGGCCAGGGCUCUACAAUACUCAUCCACGAGAGCACCUUUGAUGACGAGUUGCAAGGCGAUGCGGUUGCAAAGAAGCACUCCACAAUGUCGGAAGCGAUCGACGUCGGAAGACGCAUGGGGGCAAGGAGAAUUCUGCUCACACACUUCUCCCAAAGGUACCAGAAGGUGCCGGUCAUAGAAGAGAACUUUGAGGUACGGGCCGACGCGGAUACCAAAGACAAGGCCAGGACGGAUGAGGUGAUAUUGGUCGCGUUUGAUUACAUGCGUCUCAAGCUCGGGGAGUUCAGGAAGGCCCAGGCUUUCUUGCCUGCGAUCCAGAAGCUGUUUGAGGAUGUGGAACAAUGA